CAUUGUGGGAAGGGAGAAAGAUGGCGGUGUCCGUUAGGCGGACUCUGUCAGGUGUGGCGGGGGGCUGGCGGAGGUUCGAAAGGGUCUGGGCAAGUAGCCUGGGUUCUCGCACCCUGGUCCUUGAGGCCGCACCCUCAAAAAGGGAAUCCCCAUGGCGUUUGUUGGGCGCGUUGUGUCUGCAGCGACCACCGCUCGUUUCCAAGCCGCUGACCCCACUGCAGGAAGAGAUGGCAGCUCUGCUACAGCAGAUAGAGAUAGAAAACAGCCUAUAUUCAGACCAUGAGCUUCGUGCUUUAGAUGAAGCCCAGCGACUGGCAAAGAAGAAAGCUGAUCUUUAUGAUGAAGAGCAAGAUGAAAAGGAUAUAUUGCUUGUGCAAGAUUUGGAAGAUAUGUGGGAGCAGAAAUUCCUACAGUUCAAACCUGGAGCUCGGAUAACAGAAGCUGAUAAAAAAAAUGACCGAACCUCAUUGCACCGGAAGCUAGACAGGAACCUUAUUCUGUUAGUCAGAGAGAAGCUUGGAGAUGAGGAUGUUUGGAUGCUGCCCCAGACAGAAUGGCAGCCUGGGGAGACCCUCCGAGGGACAGCUGAGCGAACCCUGUCUGCACUCUCAGAAAACAACAUGGAAGCCAAGUUCCUAGGAAAUGCACCUUGUGGCCACUACAAGUUCAAGUUCCCCCAGGCAAUGCGGACAGAGAGUAACCUUGGGGCAAAAGUAUUCUUCUUCAAAGCACUACUACUAAGUGGAGACUUUUCCCAGACUGGGAAGAAAGGCCGUCAUGUUUGGGUCAGUAAGGAGGAGUUGAGUGACUAUUUGAAACCACAAUAUUUGACCCAGGUUAGAAGAUUUCUUUUGGACCUCUGAUGGACUGAGAUGCCUGUGGAUAUUGCUCAGACAAAUCAGGGGUUAGAGCUUCAAGGACAUUUGUGUGGUGGCCCCAUAUUUGCAGGGAAUAUCAAGCAGGAAACUAAAUUCUGAGAAUUAAAUGAGUCUGUUAUUA